GUUUUGUGCCGGAAACUAACUCCACUGUGCUGUAGCUCCAAAAAUAUCGAAAAUUUAAAUUUAUUAAUCAUCGUGAUUUGUAAAUUGAAGUCAGUCUUCUCUUUUUUUUGUGCAAUAUUGUUUUUGGUAGCUUAAACUUCGACAAUGAGCGAUACAACAAAAAUUAAGAUUGGCAUUAUCGGCGGCUCCGGAUUUGAUGAUCCAGAGUUGUUGGCCGAGCAAUCCGAGCGUGCGGUGAGCACUCCCUUUGGAGAACCUUCUGACGUGAUCCUCGAAGGACGUCUGAACGGUGUACCCUGUGCACUGCUAGCCAGACACGGCAGAAACCACAAUUUGCAACCAAGUGACGUGAACUACCGUGCGAACAUUUGGGCAUUGAAGGAGGUCGGAUGCACACACAUCCUCGCUACUACCGCCACUGGUUCGCUGGUUGAGGAGUACAAGCCUGGCGAUCUGGUUAUACUCGAUGACUUUAUUGAUAGAACGUGGGGUCGUAAAUGUACGUUCUACGACCGCAACGAGUGCGGUCCGCGCGGGGUGUGCCACCUGCCGAUGAGGCCCGCGUUCUGCGCCCGCGCACGCGCCGCCUUAUACGCCGCCGCACGCGACCGCGGCUACACCUGCCACAACGCUGGCACUGCAGUUGUUAUACAGGGACCCAGAUUCUCAAGUCGCGCCGAAAGUCUUAUGCAUCGACAGUGGGGUGGACAUCUCGUCAACAUGACCACUGUACCAGAGGUUGUUUUGGCAAAGGAAGCCGGCCUCAGCUAUGCUGCAGUAGCUCUCGUGACUGAUUACGAUUGUUGGAGAGAAAACGAAACUUCUGUAUCCGUGGCCGAAGUCCUAGAGAUGUUCAAAAAGAACGUGAAGAAGGCAGCGGACGUGAUCAUAGACGCGGUACAGAUACUAGCGGCCGAUCAAGAUCUGUCCUACUUGGACGCACAUAAGGAGCUAGUUGCUUCAGCUGUGAUGUUGAAGGAAUGAUAUGAGAAGAAAACUUCCAAAUAAAAAUAUACACAUAAGUUAUAGUAAUAUAAGUCACUAUUUUUAUAUACAAAUAUUUUAUAUUCGGAAUAUUUUAUAACAUUAAGUUAAACUCACCAUAUCAGGAAUGCAAUCGAUUGCUCGAUGUCUGGACUCAGAAAUAAUUGUUUACUAGCAUUUUGUUUAAGUCUGCCAAGUCUACAUACUUGACUGGUUUAAGACUUGGAAGAAUAAUGUUAAUAGUAAUAAAAAAUAUUCUAUAGGAGUUACAAAUUCUUCUAUUGAAGGGUAGUCUUGAAAAAUUAUCAAUAUAUUUAAAGACACACGCGGGUUACUAAUGAAUUUUACUG